AUGGAGUAUAAAUAUAUAUUAAUAUUAAUAGUUGUAGUCUAUUUACCAGUACUAAUUACAGGUCAAUAUACUAUAAGAGGAGUUCCUGAAAGUUAUGCAGUGUUAGGUGAAAAUUAUAGAUUACAAUGUAAUGUUACAGAUUCUCCUAGUCUUGUUAGAUUUUACAGAAACAAUGUUAUUGUAUGUAGUUCAUUGUCUUCAACCUGUGAGAGUCAACCAACAGACAAUAGAUAUAAAUGUGGAUGUAUAAAUGAUAACAACACACAACUAUAUCUCAAUAUAAGUAAUAUAAAUAAACAAGAUGAUACAACAUGGUCUUGUAGAGAUGGUCCAGAGAAUAUAAUAUUUAACCCUACUAGUGAUAAUAUAGAUGUUAUAGAAGGAAAGAGUCAGAAUGUCAACUGUUUAGCUGAUUGUAAACCAGAUUGUAACAUCACCUGGUCUAAGGAUGGUUCAACAACAAUUCUAAAUAACCCUUUAUCACUUAGUACUAGAGAUCAAACUGGUUCUUAUAACUGUACAGUUAGACAUACUGUAUUAAAUAAACAACUUACAAAACAACUUAAUGUUCAGAUUUAUUAUGGUCCUGAUGAACUUACUUUCUCAUCAGAUGUAACUAGUAUCAAUAUAAUAGAAGGUAGAGAUCAAACUAUAACAUGUUUAACUGAUUGUUUUAAAUGUAUUUAUAAAUGGACUGGACCAGUUGCAUCAUCAACUAAAGAUCUUGUAUUGACUCAAAUAAAAAGUAAUCAGGAAGGAAACUAUAGAUGUGAAGCUACCAAUAUUAAAAAUACCAUCCCUAAAACAAGAUCUAAAUCUAUACAAGUUAAUGUACACUAUCCACCAUAUAUAACCAGUAUAACAUCCAAUGCUGUAAAUAACGAAACUGAUGAAGGUUCUGAUAUCACAUUAAACUGUAAUGUUGAUAGUAAACCAGUAUCUACUAUAACCUGGUCAUCUUCUACUAGUACUAAUACUUACAUUGGUCAACAGUGGGCAUUAACUCAAGCUAAAUGUCAGGAUACAGGAAUCUAUACAUGUACAGCUAAUAAUGGUAUUGGUCAGUCAACUACUAAAUCUUUACCAUUAAAUAUUAGAUGUAAGUUUAUAUUGAGUCCGUAUACUAUAAUCUAUACAUCUUCAGCUAAUAAUGGUAUUGGUCAGUCACCCACUAAAGCUUUACUAUUGAAUCUUUACCAUUAA